UGAGUACACGUGCUCUCCUCUUUCCUCUCCUUUACCUCCUUUUAUCUUUGCUUCCAUGCAUGGAUUUCUCCUCCAAAUUUAGUAAGAGAAGCAAGGAAAUUUUUUUUUUUAAACACAGUUUUGUUCAUCUCCAUCAUUAGCAACAAAGCUAACACCAACACACCCACCUAGCUAGCUCUUCAUAAAAAAAGAAUUGAUCUUUUCUUUAUAUUUCAACUACCCCAUGAAGCUAUGGUCACUUCUACUUAAUUUUCACUUGGUCUCUUUCUCAAUCAGAUCUUGAGUUCUUCUUCAACCUUUGAUUCUGGAGAUGGGAAACCAUGAUCUAAGACAAUUCUGUUGAUUUUCUUACAUGGGCUCUUGGAGAUUCCUUUGUUGGGUUGUUGCAGUGUGAAGAGAUUGAGAAUUUGAAGCAUUGUUUAUGGUUGCCCGUUUCUUUGAUCAGAUUUGAAGGCGUGGUUUCUUGUGUUUGAUUGUUUGCCUGGCUGUAUUGUGAAUUUGGAAUUCUGUUAUCAAUGGAGGAAGAUCUAGAAUUCAAGCAUGUGUGCAAGUUUUGCAGCAAGAGCUUCCCCUGCGGAAGAUCCUUGGGUGGUCAUAUGAGGUCUCACAUCAUCAACACCACCAAGAAUGGCAAUUCUGCAGAAAGAGAUGAUCAAAAGCACAGCAAGAAGAAGGUGAGAGUGUCUGUCAAGAAUGAAGGUAGCAACAGCAACACUAACACAGAACAGGAAAGCAUCAUGGGGUAUGUCCUGAGGGAGAACAGGAAGAAGACAUGGAGGGCUGUUGAUUCAAGUCAAGAUAACAGUUCAGUUCAGUACAAGUUCUGCAAGGAGUGUGGCAAAGGAUUUCUGUCAUGUAAGGCAUUGUUUGGUCACAUGAAGUGUCACUCAGAGAAAGAGAGAUUGUCUGUAAGCUUGGAGGAGCAAGAUUCUUGGACCGGUGGUGAUUGCCAGUCUGAUAAUGAUGAAACUGCAGCUCCAAGCAAAGGGAGGAGAUCUAAGAGAAGAACAAGGUACAUAAGCUCUACCGCAGCAAAUUCUUCCACUUUCUCUUUACCCAAUCAUGCUUCCUCUUCUGUUUCUGAGAUUGAUCAGCAAGAACAGGAAGAGGUUGCCAUGUGCUUGAUGAUGCUUUCCAGGGAUGUGGGCAAUUGGGGUGGCUUGAAUUUUGUUGCUGAGUCUUCUGAUAACAAUUCUGUGUUCCUGGAAGCUAAAACCGAGGUUCUGAAGAUGAAGAAACAGAAAGAAAAGGAGAUAGAUUCUGCUUUUCUGGAUUCUGAUAACUUCAGACCUUCAGAAUUUUCUGCUUCUGGGAUUUCAAGAAAUGGGUCUGCAAGAAAUGACAGAAUUACUAAGUCACUACAGCCAGAUAGUCAAUUUGGAGCAGAGGACUCUGAAGUUGAAUUGGGGAAGAAUUUGGAGAAGCAAACUGGAUUAUUAGAUCAAGCCCGGCCGGAUUCCAAGAGGCAAAAUUCAAGCAAGAGGAGGCCGCAUGAUUCAUAUGAUCCUGGAAUGAAGUCAGACUCAUUGCAAAAACGCGUAUCAGAUGUUCUUGAUUCUGAAUUCUACAAGGAUCCUUUCAAGAGAAGCAAAUUUGAGUGUACUACUUGUAACAAGAUAUUUCACUCUUACCAAGCCCUUGGGGGUCACAGAGCCAGCCAUAAGAAGACCAAAGGCUGCUUUGCUUCAAGAGCUGACUCCAAGGAAGAAAACAACAUUGAAACUGAACUCUCGCCUGACCCAACAACAGAAGAAGAAAGAAAGCUUAUCAAGUUUAUUGGCAAUCAAAUUCCCCAUGACCACUUUGCUAGAGACAAUGAUGAUAAGGCUGCAACAAGCUGUGGGACAAAGAAGAGCAGAGGACAUGAGUGCCCAAUCUGCCUUAAAGUGUUCUCAUCAGGCCAAGCCUUAGGUGGUCACAAGAGAUCCCAUUUACUCAAUGAGGCCAGGGACAACCAAACAGUUCUGAUUCCCAAGCCUUUACCAGAAAUUCGAGACUUUCUUGAUCUCAACCUGCCUGCCCCUGUUGAAGAAGAGACUAAUCCUCAAGUGGGGCUCAACCAGUGGUGGGUAGGAAGCAGCCACAAGCAUGAAACUCUAGUGGGGUUGAUCUCAAACUGAGUACUUUUUUCCCAAUGAAGGUCCAAAAAAGAGUGUAACUGUACAGUACAGAGUCUACAGAGUGCAGACAUACGCUGGAUAUUAUUAUUUCAUUCAUUCUUUACAGAUUCAAGAAAUUUCACCAUGGUAUUUGCUGCUUACUUCCUUUAAGAAGAAAGAUCCUUCAUGUUCUUAUUUUGUUUUUUGGGUCAUAGAAUAAAAUCUUCUUGGUUGUAGGAGUAAAAGAACCUCACUGAAUACUGUAAUUGGGAAUUUCUUGUUUCUUCAUCAUCUCAAGUAUCUGGAACUGCACUUUUGAAUGGAAAGCAAGAAUUAUUUUUUCUUAGCACCAAAGAGAAAAUGAGUGAGGGUGUUGAAAAUUUUGAUUGGGUGUGGUGAAGUCAUGAGAAAGGGGAUAAAGGCAAAAUUUUAUA